UCAAGCCUGUUGCUGGUGGAAGCCGAGCCGGGGACGAGGGAGGAACCUGUAGGCCGCGGUGCCGAGAACCCACCGAAGGACCUAAGAAUCUGGAACGGUUCACCCGAGAUUCCUUCCAGGACUGCUGGCGGCCUCGCGCAGCCAGCCCGGGAUUUGCAGCCGACUUCCUUUCCGGGUGGGAGGACGGCCUUUGUCCCAGUAACGCAGGAGUCGCCCCCCACCCCCAACCAGCUUGCGUUCCUGGGUCCGGACAGCGCCGGACGGGGACUAUAAGCCUGUGCGCGCAAUCCGCCCCGCCGCCCUUGCUCCAAAGCACUCCAGCCAUGAAGCUCAACUUUUCUCUGCGGCUGAGAGUUUUCAAUCUCAACUGCUGGGACAUCCCCUACCUGAGCAAACAUAGGGCGGACCGCAUGAAGCGCUUGGGAGACUUUCUGAACUUGGAAAACUUUGAUCUGGCUCUCCUGGAGGAGGUGUGGAGUGAGCAGGACUUCCAGUACCUAAGGCAAAGGCUAUCGCUCACCUAUCCAGAUGCACACUACUUCAGAAGCGGGAUGAUAGGCAGUGGCCUCUGUGUGUUCUCCAAACACCCAAUCCAGGAAAUCUUCCAGCAUGUCUACAGUCUGAAUGGCUACCCCUACAUGUUCCAUCAUGGAGACUGGUUCUGUGGGAAGGCUGUGGGGCUGCUGGUGCUCCAUCUAAGUGGACUGGUGCUCAAUGCCUACGUGACUCAUCUACAUGCUGAGUACAGCCGACAGAAGGACAUCUACUUUGCACACCGUGUGGCCCAAGCUUGGGAACUGGCCCAGUUCAUCCACCACACAUCCAAGAAUGCAGAUGUGGUUCUGUUGUGUGGGGACCUCAACAUGCACCCCAAAGACCUGGGCUGCUGCCUGCUGAAAGAGUGGACAGGGCUCCAUGAUGCUUUCGUUGAGGCUGAGGACUUUAAGGGCUCUGAUGAUGGCUGUACCAUGGUACCCAAGAACUGCUAUGUCAGCCAGCAGGACCUGGGACCGUUUCCGUCUGGCAUCCGGAUUGACUACGUGCUUUACAAGGCAGUCUCUGGGUUCCAUAUCUGCUGUGAGACUCUGAAAGCCACUACAGGCUGUGACCCCCACAGUGGCAAGCCCUUCUCUGAUCACGAGGCCCUCAUGGCUACUUUGUAUGUGAAGCACAGCCCCCCUCAGGAAGACCCCUGUCCUGCCCAUGGCCCACCGGAAAAGUCCGAUUUAAUCAGCGUGCUAAGGGAGGCGAGGACAGAGCUGGGGCUAGGCAUAGCUAAAGCUCGCUGGUGGGCUGCAUUCUCUGGCUAUGUGAUCAUUUGGGGGCUGUCCCUCCUGGUGUUGCUGUGUGUCCUGGCUGCAGGAGAAGAGGCCAGGGAAGUGGCCAUCAUCCUCUGCACACCCAGUGUGGGUCUGGUGCUGGUGGCAGGUGCAGUCUACCUCUUCCACAAGCAGGAAACCAAGGGCUUAUGUCAGGCCCAGGCUGAGAUGCUGCAUGUUCUGACAAGGGAAACGGAGACCCAGGACCGAGGCUCAGAGCCUCACCUAGCCCACUGCUUGCAGCAGGAGGAGGACAGAGCUUAGGAACAAUAAAACUUGCUUGACACACUCUA